GCGUGUUGAGAGAUCUGAUCAUGACAACCAGACUCGCCUUGCUCGCUACAUCCACCAGGGCAGCAGCGCAGGCACACACGCACACUCGCUUAAGCCAGCCAGCCAGCCGGCCACACCAGUGUAGCCCGGCUCACGUGGCUGCCUGCUGUGUUGUGGCUGGCGCGUUGGGAGGAUCGAGGCGGUUUGAGCAGGGGGGGUGGGGGGGGGUCAUUCUUGCGCGCCGCUCCUUUAAAACGAAAAAGAAUCCAACAUUUAAACCCCUGGCCGCAACUCAGAACAGGUGUAGUAGGGUAGAUGAGGCUCACCUGUGAAGCCACCCCCCCCCCCCACCCGGUCUGUGUUCUACCCAGCGGGCUUCUCGUGUGAUGCAGCUAGGUGUCGUGACGAUGGUGGCAAUGGCGUGAUUCAACAACGUAAGGUGCGGAUGAAUUGAUCGCAGGAAUUGAUCGAUCAGUGAAUGAAUGGUUGCUGAUCUGCGAAGAGGCUUAGGGUGCUGCUGCGAUCGGUCUUAUGAAGGCGGCACUGAUAUUCAGUGGUUUAUCAAUUAGGUAGCAAUCAACAAGCAAGUAAUAAGAUUGCGAACAACCUAUAACAAUACUGUCAACGUAAUUGUAUUUUUUUCUGCUUAUGUAUGAAUGAUAGGCUAUAGACUCAUGCAGCCGAGAGACACGCGUCGGUCAGCAGUUGGAGUUGUAUCAGAUUGAGAAUUCCAGCUGUGUCCAGGUGUGGGAGGAUAUCCGCAGCCUCCAUAAUCAUCAUCAGCAGCAGCAGCAAUAUCAGCAUCGCCCAGGAAGGGCAGAAUCGGAAGCGUUAUUCAACAGCACAACCUGCAGCAGCCGAAUCAUCAUCAACAACAACAGCGGCAUCACCACACUGGUCUCUCAAGGCUCGAGCGAUGAACAUUGAGCAUCACCAGGAGCUGACUCUGCUCUACCCGGCCAUGAGGAUGAAGGGAGCCUUCUCGCCCUUCCGCCGCAAGAAGGUGGUGCACCGACACGUGAGGACCAUCUUCGACAGCACCGGCAGCGACCCGAGGCUGCGGGAGGAGAAGGGAGAGGGACACGAGUUCCGACCCUACACCAACCCGCAGUUCUGCGACCUCUGCGGCGAGUUCAUAUGGGGGGUCUACAAGCAGUCCCUACGCUGCCGGAUCUGCAAGUUCACGUGCCACCACCGCUGCCGCGAGCUCAUCCGACUGGACUGCCAGAGGCAGCGCGCCCAGCUGGGCAGUACCUCCGAGCAGGAGCUCGACGAGGAUGGCAAGGUGGAGCAGGUGCAGAGCCAGGUGCUGUCGCGGGAGGAGAUCGAGCAGAAGAUCAAGCUGUACAACCUGCGCAGCAGCAGCAAGACCAGCAUGGUGCAGCAGGAGAACGGGACGUUCACGGGCUUCAUCAAGGUGCAGCUCAACCUGCAGAGGCCCGUCUCCGUGGCGGACGACGGGCGGGCCCACAAUGCACUGCUGCAGCCCGUGGCGACGCCCGGCCCGGCGGGGGGUGGCGGCGGCACGUGCGAGAGCACGGCGAGACGCACGACCUUCUACCUGCCACGCGGCACCGAGAAGCAGGUGCACCUGAGCAGCACCAACACGGCGCGCGAGGUGAUCGAGGCGCUGCUCCGCAAGUUCCAGGUGAUGGACAACCCACGCAAGUUCGCCCUCUUCCAGCACUCGGGGCCAGACGGGCAGGUGUCCAAGCGCAAGCUGACCGAUGAGGAAAACCCCCUGCACCUGCGCCUGCUGAACGGACCCGACCAGACUGCAAUGCGCUUCGUCAUGCAGGAGAACGAGACCGGCGAGGUCAUUUGGGAAGCCUUCACCGUCCCAGAGCUGCAGAAUUUCCUGCGGAUUUUGAAACGGGAAGAGGAUGCGUACGUGCUCAAGGUCCAGGAAAAGUACGACGGCUAUCGCCAGAAACUGGUGGAGGCUCUGGCCACACGUAAGCCCGGCUGAGCUCCGCCCUACCGCAGCGGAGCCUCGCGAGGUGCCUCGCCAGCGUCGCCACGGGAAAGUGGUGGAAAACGUCGGUGAAGAGAAAACCCGCUGGGAAGAAAAGUCACAACGACGACGACGACGACGACGACCUGCACCCGAUUCUGAAUUUUAACGUGACGUAGUGGUGUGUGGGGGGAUUGGGUGCGGGGUUUGAGAGAAUGUAUAUAACAUCGGGGGGGAGGUGUUGUGGUCUGUAAGGUCAUGUGAUGUAACGCGUGCGUAGGAAGCGCGGAAGAUCAAUGGUGUGCGGUGUUUGGAAUAUGUAUGUAUGUUGAGCUUAUUUCGCGCCGCACGUAGCCAACCGUGCUAAUGGGAGGUGCAAAUAGUGUCGGUGUGAGACGCGGGUGGCGUGGGUAUGCACUGAAGGGCGAGAGUGCGAGCAAGCCAGCGCUUGAGUGAGUAGGUGCACCCUUGUGGGCCCUGCCCUGCCUAUUUGCUCUCUCCGAAAGUGAGAUCAAGAGAAGCACAAAAGGUCGAGGGAUGGGGUUAGGUGGCCGAGGUUAGGGGUGAUGCGAGGUGCAAAACUAGUCGUCUGCGCUGUGGAAACUGAGCUGAAUGAAAGUUAUUUCUAUGAAAUUGCCAAGGCUGGGAAUUUUUCAUGCGCAAAAAAGUUUGUAAAGUGGAUUCCUUAAGAAUCAGUGUGGAGUUGAGUGAGUUUUAAAGCAAAACAAAAAGGUCAAUGUAUAAUUGCAGGGAAUGUUUAUGUUUAAAUGUCUGUGAACUGUGUGCUGUACUGUUUAUUUUAUGAACUCCCCCCUCCCCCUCUCCCAUUCUCUAGAAAAUUCCAUUUAAAUACUCCAUUAAGAAACAGAAAAAAAGACAAAUUCAAUACUUCACGUUUUAUUAAAAAACAAUUAUCUAUGGGAUGUGGGCGUUGCUGGUAUACCAGCAUUUACUGCCCAUCCCGAGUCAAUACGCAAGGAGGUGGUGGUAGUGCCGUGGAUUUGUCCGUGUCCUGCUGCAGUCGUAGCAGCGGGGAUGCCCUCUUCCCCCCCAACGCUGUUCAAUAGGAGUUUCAGGAUUCAGGUCCGGUGUUGAUGAACGGGCGGCGGCAAUAAAUCUCCUGGGUCGGGGGCGGCGUGACUUGUAGGGGAAUUUGAAGUUGGUGGAAUUCCCACCACGCAGGUCGCGCAGGUUUGGGAGGUGCUGCUGGAGCAGCUUUGGUGCAGUGCAUUCUGGAGACCGUGCGCACUGCAGCUGGAGGAUGCCCCCCAGGGAUGGCAGGGGUAGAUAUCUACACUGGUGAGGUGCCAAUAGAGCAGAUCGUUGUCCUGGAUGGUGGCGAGCUUCUUACGUGUCAUUGGAGCUGCGCUCAUCCAGGCAAGCGUAGCGUACUCCAUGACACCCCUGCCUUGUCCCUUAUAGAGUAGCGGAGAGGCUUUGGGGAGAAAGGAGAUGGGGCCACUUGCUUCAAGAUAGCCAGCCCUCUGACCUGCUGUUGUGGCCAUGGUGUUUAUGUAGCUGGUCCAAUUGAGUUUUUUGUUGUCAAUGGUGACCGCCAAAAUGUUGAUGGCGUGGGACUCUGCGAUAGUAAUUCCGUUGAAUGUCAGGGGAAGGUGCUUGGGCUGUCUUGUCGGAGAUGGUAAUUGUCUGGCACUUGUGUAGCACAAAUGUUAUUUGCCGCUUUUCUGCCCAAGCCUGGAUGUUAACCUGGCCCUGUCAUUUGCUAAAUUGUUCACCACCAUUCUUGGUUGGGUGUGGUAGGAUUGCAGAGCUUUGACUUUGUUGGUUGUGGGAUCCCGUAUCUCUGUCUAUAGCAUGUUGUUUUUGUUGUCGAGCAAGCAAGUAAAAUUGUGUUGAAGCUUCUCCAGGUUGAUGUUUAGGUAUGUUGCUGCUGUUGGCAUGCCCUUCUCUACGCACCUCGUUGAACCAGGGUUGGUCACCUGGCAAGAUGGUCAUGGAGGAGUGAGGAAUAUGUUGGGUUAUGAGGUUAAAUAUCUUGGUGGUGUACGAUCCUGUCGCUGAUAAUGGUCCACAUCGCCUCAUGGAUGCCCCAGUCUCUCGAGCUACUAGAUCUGCUCGAAAUUUGUCCCCGCUUCGCACGGUGGUGGUGCCGCACGAGACACGAUGCCGCGUGCCCUCGGUGCAACAACGUGACCUGGUCUCCACCACAAGGUCUGUGCGGUGAUCACGCCUACCGAUGCUGAUGGGCAGAUGCAUCUGCGACAGGUAGAUUCACGAGGACAAAGGUCAGGUUAGUCACUCCCCUGGUGCUGGUUCUCAAACCGCCUGCCGCAAGUCCCGGUUUGGCAGUUGUGUCCUUCAAGACUUGGUCAGUGGUGGUGGUGGUGGAGGACAUUGAAGUCCCCCCACCCAGAGUACAUUCUGUGCUCUUGCUGCUCUUAGUGCUUCCUCCAAGUGAUGUGCAAUAUGGAGGAAUAGUGACUCUCAUCAGCGUAGGGGAGGACGGUGGGUGGUAAUCGGUCGAAUGUCCUUGUUUGUCCUGGAGCCAUGGAACUCCAUGGGGGUGCAAACGCGAUGUUGACGGCACCCGAGAUUACUCCCGUGCGGCUUGAUACCCAACUUCUCGUGGGUCUCCUCCUGCCUGCCGGUGGGCCAGGACACGCGGCAGAUAGUUUUGUGCUAAAAAUGGGUAUAAGUGGGAUUGUAGAAAAAUAUGAACAGAUUAUAUAAACGAAAGGAAUGUUAGGGAUGUGCAAUACGGCAAGUGUUCUACGCUGGUUCUGAUGAACUAAUUUACGUGGCAGGUUUCGAGACUGCUUAGAUUUAAAUUCAGUCGGUAGGAAAAAAUGAGGUCUUACGAAGCGAGGAGUGGAAGGGCUUGGGGAGGGGGACCUGCCUGCUCGAUCACAAGGGCUAUUGACGACAUUACUGGGGUUGGAACAAGUGUUGUCUCUGCCAUAGGCGAGCGAGCGCACACACCCACACACGGUAGGCGGGAGGUUUAUACACCUGAAUGUUGCAUGCGCGAGGGGAAUUCUUCCCCGAUAUAAGUUAAUAUUGUAUUUAAAUAAAUAAUACCGUUCAGUAAAUAAACGAAUACAACUGUAAAUGAGAAGUAAAUACGAGUAGCUUUGGUAAUAGGCUGUUUUAUAAGCAGCAACUGUUGGGCUGUUAGUGAAUUUAAUUCUGCUUUAAGUGCCAAGCCACCUUGCAAUCAAUUGAAAAUGUAACCGAGUUUUUGGAAUGUUCUGAAAAUGUGCAUGUCCGUGUUGGGUGAAGCACACGUGAAAUGGCAAGGACCGUGCAGUUGGGUGUUCCACAUUUUCAGCUUUUGAGUGGCUAAACAAUAAUUGUUGAAAAAUUAUUCGCUAAGAAAUCUUAACGGGUGCGUGACAACGAUUGCCCAAAUUGGAGUAAACGUUGCCAAAAUCUGAACAGGUGGAACAUACUCUGUGCACGGUGAAUGUCAAUGCCUCUUCUGUCUGUAUCGUGCUCCUCUCGUAUCGUAUGGCAAGGGUUGAGAGCAGCAAUGUUUGUAUGUUCACGUUGAGGUUGGCGAGUGAGCAAGUGGACGGGCGGCUGUCGGGGAGUGGUCUGGUGAAUGUCUGAAAUGCCCCCCCCUCCCCCCAUGUACGUACAGUUGUUAAAGGCUCUGGGGAAUGGAAUAAUGUUUUUUUACUUUACGAACACGCAGCGUGGGCGUUCACCUGUCACGCUGACAGCCGCCGCGGUUAAUGUUACGUCGGAGCCCCGUUGCAAGCUGACCAACCUCGACACGUGGCAAUGCGGCGAAUGAGGUUUUAAACGCGACCAUUGAAGCUGUUGCCGGCAGCAGUUUUGUCAUUAAUCUAGGGGAUUAGAAAUCUGCGGCAGCGCCACUGUUCAUCGUCAUGCUUAUGACCAUCGGUCACGAUCCAUCCACUACUAGAUGAUGGCUUCCCCCACAUACCGGUGUGGAUCGUUUGACCAUACUUCACCACGCCGGACAGUGCAGUUAUGUGAAGGUGGGCAGAGUACAGAACAGCAAUGCACGUUUGCUGCACUGCCUCCUGUGGCCCACACAAACCUGCUCUCCAUGUGCAUGGAGAUCACCCAUCCGACGAGCAGUUGCCACCUCCUUCUCUAACAAACGGAACCUAUGAAGAAAAUCGAGUGAACAAAAAAUUCGCAGAAACAAAAUUCGUGGGCGGCGACGGCCGCCCCUGUGUCGUUUUGUGUGUCUCACAAACUUGAGUGACUCAAAGGAUGGACGCGGUUUUGUUUGUUAUCGUCUGGACGUUUGGUUCAUUCGAGGCGGCAAUACUGCGAUGCAUUGAAGGCUCUCUCGUAGGCUCUUCCGUGGGGGGAGGGUUACAGAUGAUUAAUUGCACAUGUAUUUAUCAGCAUUAGCCGCGAACGGUGGGAACGAGUCGUGGCUGGUGAUAAUGUGAGGGUUAAUGAGGGGUCGACACUUGGGGUAAUUGUGAUCUUGGUGUUUAAUUGGCCUGGAAAUUACAUUAUCCGCAUCUAACGUCCUUAGGUUCUUUAUUCAUUAGGCAUUACAUUGGUGCAGACACCCAUGAUAAUGUAUGGUCAUGUUACAAUAACACAAAAAAAUCCUGUUUGAUCUUAUAGGCAUGCAAGUAUGUUGAACUUCUUUUGUACCAUAUGUAGCCAACCAUACUAAUUGGAGGUGCGGUCUCUGUGUAGGCAUUCUGAUAGCCGAUUCCUACAAAAAUAUCGAGAUUGAUAAUUGUUUAUAAGCCUAAUUCGCGACAGCUAACCCACGCUAAUAUUUAGCAAAAUUAUCGAGAUUCAUUUUUGCAAGGAGACCAAUCAAACUUUAUCGGGGGUGGUAGCAUGCAGGGUGUGAAUAAUGUGUUCGGCACAGUCUAUACAUAAAUAUCCAGUAAUGUAUGCAAUGCGUUACAUAGGUGAAUAUUAUUUAUAGGGUGUUGGUUUAUAGUAACGUAGAAUGAUUUUUGUUACAUUGUAGCAAAUGGGCGCAUCCCCGCUGUAGAAAGAAUUGCAAUCAAAAGUGAUGCCUUAAUUCUCUGGCUCUCCUAUUAACCGCGUCUCUAAGCACAUAUUAUAUUUAAAGAAAAAAACAUUUACACGAAUGUUUUAUGAAGACCCACAUCCACAAUAGUCGUAGCCCUUUGUCAGAAAACAAAGGGCUACGACUAUUGAAUGACUUAUAAAAGAGUAGCUCGUCAGAAAAAAUAAGUGGGGGAAGAAUGUGGUAACACAUUGCCUGAAUUUUGCAAUGCUGAGGAACGCGAUUUAAACUCGUACAGUUGUGUAAAAUGAUCAUUUUUCUGACAAAUCAGUAAGUGUUGUUUCGGUAAAAUAUGCCUGCGUUCGGUUCACUUGGGUGUUUAAAAGCUCCAGGGCCAAUUAAAUCAAACUGUCAAGAGCCAACACCCUUUCAUUCGAUCUGCAAACGAAGUUGCGUCCAUUAGUUCGCAGUUCUCGGAAGCAGGAGGCAAGUGCGGUUAUGACAUAGUUGGUUGGGGGGGAGUGGACUCUGAGCAGCAUGCCGUGCCCUAUUUCAAUGCAUUCUCUCUUAAAGAGAGGCCCCACGGCCUGCACUGCUGCCCAAGCCGUACAGAGGCGGCUUUCACGUCGUUUUUGGCUUGGGGCCCUUGUGAGAGCGGGCACGUGGAGGCGGGGCAGGGGGGGGGGUUUGACAGCUGGGCAGCAAUGCACGGGGGUGAGUGGGGGGGGCAUGCAAGAAGCCCCACUCCAGUGCCUUAUAUGUACAUGCAAUAAGUCACCGCGUGGAAGGCAAAGGCUUAUUUGGGCAAAGUCAGUGUUGGGCAGCUUGGCCGCGCGCAAUGCACUUAUCUGCCCCGUGGCAGGCAUUUGAUGUCCGCGACGCAAUGACACGCGACCAUCCCAUCAGCGCGUGCUGUGUGUCCCAAGAUCGACCAUAUUAUCAUCCCCGACGUUGAGUGCUGCAUGCCACGGCGUUACGUUUGGGCUAUCAGGCUCCGUCUCAUCGCCGUUAUAUGGGGGGGUCCCAGGUCCCUGGGCCCAUGUCCCAUUGAGCAGUGGGUGGAGGGGCCCAUUUGGUGUUUCACGAAUUUUUGGUGAUUCUCCGCAUGUGACCGUGACGCCGGCCUGCUUUGGCCCACUCCAGCAAACGCUGCCAUACGAUUUUUUGUUGUUAUUUAGACUCAAGUGAAACUGCGGGUGGGCGAUCAUUCUUCUAACAUUGAACGUAGCACUGUACACGAAAUGACAUUUUGGCUACCACAGUCUUCUUGCAGCUGUUGCCAGUUACAAUUUCCCGAUUGCAAUGGUGUUUUUUGUUGUUGUUGUUGUAAACAAAGUAAAUAAGAGUUGCACUGUUUUAACUGUGGCUUUAAGUGACUCCGCAGUUGGCGCCACUUCAAAAUAAAGUGGUGGCCGUAUUGGAGGAGCGUGUGGCCAAUUACAUGCGAGUGUUGUUCAUUAAAUUGGAAUUAUUUUAAAUGAAUACAUUGAGAUUAUAAAUGACGACUAUAGAGGUGACCCUUCGCAACCAUUCAUCGUUUGGCAUUCACGUCGGGCUCGCUUUUACACUCGCAAGGGUUUGCUUUUUACGAUGCCCUUAAUUGAAUCUGUCAUUGCUGCACCCAAGUCAACAUAUAGAGCGAUUAAAAUAAUACCCGUAGGUAAUGCUUACUGUUGAACAGUAUAUAUAAAUGGUACUAGAUGUAUAAAAAAAACAUUCUUUAAACGUAGAGGCAAUUGGGGAACAAUGUUAUUGCUGUUUCUAAGGAAUUCUAUAUUGGUAUUAUUUUGUAAUGAGUUACUGUAUUUGUUUAUGUUUGUCCCUUGUUCUUUCUGUUGCUCACAAAUGCGACUCCCCCACCCCCCACCUUGACCAAAGCCUAUUUAUAACGAAGGAAGUGCGGUUUUUUUUUGUAUUGAACUUGCGUUGUUGAGAAGUGUACGGCACGCGCACUAAAGGACAAACUUUUAACGGUGCCACCUGUGAAAAUAAAGCGUGCAGCAGGCCUUUGCACUGUUUCUAAUAAAACGCAAUAAAAAUGUUUUGCAAAGAAAAA